AUGAGAUACCAAUCCCUCGAGGCGGCUCUGCUCAUUGCCGGGUCACUACUCCCAGCUUUCAGCCAUGCACUUGAUUUGGUUCGCAGGCAGGCUGCUGUCAAUGCCACAUACAAGGACCCAUCUGCAUCGAUCGAUGACCGAGUUGCAGACUUGCUCUCUCGCAUGACUAUCGAGGAGAAAACUUCUCAGCUGAUCCAAGGUGAUAUCUCCAACUGGAUCAACACGACUACCAACGCAUAUAAUGCCACCGGUAUUGCGUGGAAUUUCGAGAAGCGCGGAGGUCAGUUCUAUGUUGGAUACCCGGUUGAACAGCAAUGGCUUGCUGGUGGCGUCAAGAAAGGUCAGGAUUACAUUCUACACAACACAACACUUGGUAUCCCAGCGUUUGUCCAGACCGAAGGUAUCCACGGGCUGCUUGUAGGCAAUGCAACUGUCUUCAACAGCCCUAUCGCUCACGCAUGUUCGUGGGAUCCUGAGCUUGCCCAUGAGAUGGCUGUAAUCAUUGGAAAGGAAUCUCAAGCACUCGGUAUCAACCAAAUAUUUGCACCAGUCGUCGACUUGGCACGCGAACUUCGCUAUGGCCGAGUUGAGGAGACAUAUGGAGAGGACCACUACCUCGCUGGAGAAUUUGGCUACAACUACGUUAAAGGUGUCCAAAGUCAGAAGGUUGCCGCUACAGUAAAACACUUCGCUGGGUUCUCGGCUCCGGAGCAAGGCAUCAACACCGGACCUGUGCAUGGUGGUGAACGUGAGCUUCGAACUACAUGGCUGCCUUCGUUCAAGCGUGCCAUUAUCGACGGUGGUGCAUUCAGCAUCAUGGGUGCCUACCAUUCGUACGAUGGAAUUCCAUCGAUCGCGGACUACCUUCUCCAGGAGACCAUUCUGCGCGAGGAAUGGGGCUAUGAAUAUUUCAUCACCUCGGAUGCUGGCGCUACAGACCGCCUCUGCUGCACAUUCAAACUCUGCCAAUGCAAGACCGAGGACAAGCCGAUCGACAAGGAAGCUGUAACCCUCUACGCUCUUCCUAAUGGCAAUGAUGUUGAGAUGGGCGGUGGCUCGUACAGUUUCGAAGUCAUUCCUCAGCUCGUCGACGCUGGCAAGCUCGAUAUUGAGACUGUUGACAGGGCAGUCGCUCGUCAGCUCAGGGCCAAGUUCACCUUGGGCCUAUUCGAGCACCCAUACAACUCCCUUCCAGCGAAUGAGACGAAGUCUGUUAUUCAUACUCCUGAGAGUGUUGCUUUCGCACGCAAGCUUGAGGCUGAGUCUAUCGUGCUCCUCGAGAACAAGAAUCACACUCUUCCUCUGUCGAAGUCGGCCCACAUCGCCGUUAUUGGACCAAUGGCCAACUUCACUAACUUUGGAGACUAUGUUGUGAAGGAUGCUGCAAAGAACCCCGCAAACGUCAAUCCUCUACAAGGUAUCCAAGAGGCUUCCAACGGUACCAUCACAUUUGCGCAAGGUUGCGAACGCUGGUCUUCUGACGAAGCUGGCUUCCCCGAAGCCAUUGCUGCAGCCGAAGCCGCAGAUGUCGCCGUCGUGCUAGUCGGCACAUGGUCUCGCGAUCAAUUCGAGCUCUGGCAAGGCGUGAACGCCACAACCGGUGAGCACGUAGAUGUCGCCUCGCUCAACCUUGUCGGUGCCAUGGGCCCACUCGUCCAAGCCAUCAUCUCGACUGGCAAGCCCACAAUCGUCGUCUACUCCUCUGGAAAACCCAUCACCGAGCCCUGGAUCUCUGAAAAUGCCGCUGGUCUUGUGCAGCAGUUCUACCCCGGCGAGCAGGGAGGCCACGGUCUCGCUGACGUCCUCUUCGGUGACGUUAAUCCCUCUGGCAAGCUAUCCGUGUCUUUCCCUUACGACGUUGGUACUCUACCAAUCUACUAUGACUACCUCAACUCGGGCCGCUACACCGAAGCCGGUAAGGUUUGGCCCAACGGCACCCUGCAGUUCGGCCACCAGUACGUUCUCAACAACCCUCAACCCUUGUACGAGUUUGGCUACGGACUGUCCUACUCCAACUUCACAUACUCCAACAUCUCGCUCUCCAAGACCGAAGUCAGUGCCGACGAAAAGAUCACGGCGACAGUCAGUGUCACAAACCCGUCUAAAUGGGACGGCAAGGAGGUUGUGCAGAUAUACGUGCAGGAUGUGAUUGCCAGCAUCGUCGUGCCGAACAAAGAACUCAAAGGGUUCAAGAAAGUGCUUGUCCCAGCCGGAGAGACGGUCGACGUGAGCAUCGACCUGAAUGUCGCGAAUUGGGGUCUAUGGAAUGGCAGCAUGAAGUAUGUUGUCGAGAAAGGCGAGUUCGUCGUGCACGCUGCUGCUAGCUCCAUGGAUCUGAGGAGCAAUGUCACGGUCACUGUGGUUUGA